UAGUCAAGAAUAUUUAGCAUUAUUAGUAUUGAAUCCUAGACAUCAUGCAAAUUUCAAUUUUCUUUCUUUUUGUGUUAGUUGGAGUUUCGUUUUGCGAAAAGUACUCAACAAAAUAUGAUAACAUAGACCUUGACGAGAUUUUAAAAAGCGACAGAUUGUUGAAUAAUUAUAUUAAUUGUAUUAUGGAUAAAGGAACGUGUACAGCCGAUGGAAAAGAACUUAAAGAUAACUUGGCUGAUGCUUUGAAAACUAACUGCUCAAAGUGCAGCGAAAAACAGAAUAAUGGGUCUAAGAAGGUUAUAAAAUUUUUGGUUAAAAACAAGAAGCCAACGUUUGACGAAGUGGCAGCCAAAUACGACCCCGAAAAUAAAUAUAUCAAUGAACACAGAGAAGAACUCGCCAAGGAUGGAAUUAUAGUUUAAUAUAAAUAAUGUUUAUUCAGCAAAAAGUUAUAAAAUUUUGAUGAAUUUUACAAAAUAUUAUAUAUGCUAGUAAAAUCCUGUUCUGAUUUGUUAA